AUGGCCUUUCCCGGAAGAGCCCAACAGCCAUUCCAGCAGAGCAUGCAUGGGGAGCAAUUUGACCUCUUUGACUGGUACCCCAAGUUCCAGUCAUGUAUGCGCUACUUCCUAGACGAAGCCCAAUAUACCGGUCCGGUUCAGGUCGUAGCCUCAUUCAUCAACAUCCAGCUUCCGUUCCAGAACUCAACCCACCCCGUUUUCUCUUCCAAACCUACCGUCGGUCCGUCUGCGUCACCCUCGACAUCUCGGCCCCCUUCCCUCGGCCCCGUGGCUGGCAAUCGUCCGAUUGUCAGCGCGAGCGUCGCACUGAUCCCCUAUAUCCGGCGUCUAGUUGCCACCGGCUUCGAUUUCCCGGCCGUCCUGCACGGCUUCUUCGGCGAUGAUUGGGCCAUGGGUGUUGGUCCCCUACAUGAAUCGGAGCGCAGGAACUACUUGUUUGCGUCCAAGAGCAACUCUUGGCUCGAAGUCAAGGCGCAUUACGACAUGGCUGACGGCCAGUUAGUGCCUUUCCUCAAGCCUCCCAAGAGGUUACUGAGAAGGAAAUACAGUUGGCGGAAGCCACCUGGAGUGAGUGGUUAG